AUGGGGGUUUCCUCCAUCCGCCGCAAUCCGCUGCGCUCCACGCUCAGCACCCUCGGCGUCGCCAUCGGUAUCGCUUCGGUGGUCGCGGUGGCCUCGGUCGCGGACGGGCUCACCCAGACCGUCACCGCCGAGUUCGGGGACGUGGGCGGCGGGUACAUCGCCGUGUUCUGGUCUGCGCCGCGCGACGACAUCGUGCGGCGCCGGGCGUUCUUGUCGCUCGCCGACGGCGAAGCGGCGUUUCGCGAAUCCCCCGCCGUCGAUGCCUUCGACCCGGUGCUCUCGUUCCGCCCGGAGGUGCGUCUUUACGACGAAGCGAUGGGACUCGACGCGAAGGGCGUCGGCCCGCUGCACCUCGAGGUCGCCGGGAAGACGCUUGCGCGCGGCCGCUUCCUGACCGAGGAGGACAUGCAGCGGCAGACUCGCGCCGCGGUCGUGGGCGCCGAGGUCUGGAGUGAGCUCGCACGGGAACUCGGGGGCGGUUUCGGCGGGAACAGCGACCCGAUCGGCGAGCGGCUGCUGGUGGAUGGAGUCCUGUUCACCAUCGUGGGAGUGCUCGAAGCGAAAGAGCGGGGUGUUCUCUCGUCCGGAGACCCGAACCAGAUGCUGCUGAUCCCGGUAACCACCGCCCAGUACCGCUUCGCGCAGGGUCCGGCCUCCCCGCUGCAGCUCGGCUUCCGCGCCCGCUCGCUCGCGGAGGUCGAGCUUGCCGAGGAGCAGAUCCGCGAGGCUCUCCGGCGGGCUCGCGACCUGCCGGACAAUGCCGAGGACGACUUCCAGAUCCUCUCGCUCGACGCGCUCCUGAGUUCGUUCCGCGGCAUCCUGUUCGGCGUGGUGGCGGUGGGCAUCGCGCUCGCCGCGAUCAGCCUCCUCGCCGGAGGAGUCGGCGUGAUGAACGUGAUGCUGGUCGUGGUUCGCGAACGGGGGCGGGAGAUCGGCAUCCGUAAGGCGAUCGGCGCCGGCCACUCGCAGGUCGUCACGCAAUUCCUCAUCGAGGCGGUGCUGCUCUCCCUUGCCGGUGGCUUCCUCGGCGCCGGUGUCGGGGCCGGUCUCCGGCUGCUCGCUCCGGCGUUUUGGCCCGCACUCCCGGUCGGCCCGCCCGCCGCUGCUCGCCUUUGGAGUGGCGUUCGCGUUCUCGGUCUCGGUGGGCGUGGUCUUCGGGAUCUAUCCGGCGGUGGUCGCCGCGCGCCGCGAGCCCUGGGAAGCGCUCCGCUCCGAGUAACCUGCGGCCAUGCCGGCUGA